CUGGGCAAUCGAAUUAUAAAGUGACAGCCCAUUGUCAACGCGCAGAACAAUCCGAUCGUGGUCCAGACUUUAGGUCACGGUGACGCUCGGAACCAGGCAAGAGGACCAGUGCAGCGCAACCAUGGCGUUCAAUCCAUACGGAGCUCCAGGUAACCCAUAUGGACUACCUCCAUCCUUCAGUGCCUUUCCCGGCUCCAGCGGCGCGCCUGGAAUGGCCCCUCCGCCAGGUCUAGGCAUGUCCUCUGCCCCUGGAUUGGCACCUCCUCCAGGUGUCCAGCAAGCCAAUUCUGCCACACAAGCUAAUCGACCAAGUGGACUAUCCGCCUCCUUCCAGCCGCCCCCGAACCUGCCCAACAUAAAUUUCAAUGCCCCCGUGAUUCGCCUCGGUGCGAGUGGCCUGCCUCCCAAGCCUUCAGCGGCAGCGGCAGCAGCAGCAACUGCACCAGGCCCUGGCCGCAGGGAGAGCGAUGCGCCUCCAUCGGCGGGUGGGAACCGGCCUGGUGUCGGUGCUGAGCGCAACAUUGAGCAGUCGCGUGCAGCUGUUAGAGAGAGCAUGCAGGCACUACAGCCCCCGACACAAGAAGAGCGGCUGCGCACGAUAUUCCUGCACAAGGUACCGGCUAGCCUAGGCGGCGAUGAGGGGAUUGAGAAAUUUCUAAACCUGGUGGGCAGGUUACGUCGCUGGGACUCGGCCAAGUCCAACCUCACAGACCACAAGGGUGAGACUUUUGGCUUCGCGCAGUACGAUGAUACCGAAUCCCUCUCCGUCGCCGUCGAGCUCCUCAAGGACAUCGAGCUGCCAGUCAACAAGCAAGAGCCCACGGACGGUCCCAUCCCUGAUAGCGAUGGCGAAGGCGACGGCGAUGGCGACGGCCACGGGAUCGACAAGGCCAAACUACAAGUCGCCGUUGACGAGAGUACAAUCAAGUACCUGGAGACGUGGGAGGAAAAUUUAACCGACAACAGCGGCAAGCAGGAGAGGAUGGAAGCCGCCAGGGCUUCUCUCAAGCAGGCUGUGCGCAAUCUCUUCUACCCACGCCUACUCAAGGCCGAAGAUGGAGAAGGGGGCACCACCAUGGGUGAUGGAACAAACGCAAAUGGCGAGAACGUCGAGGUGAUCAACAUCCCGCUGGCGCAGGAGGACGAACUGGCAGACAUCCCAGCGGAGAUGCGGGAGGUUGUGGCGCAGGAGAUUGCAGCCUUCCGAGAGCGCAGCAACCGGAGAGAUCUCGAGCGGUUGAGACGCGAAGAGGAAAUGGAAGAGAUGGAGCGCCGACGAAAUGGCGCGCGCCCGUCCCGUCUGGAUUCCCCGUCGCCGGGCGCGAACUCAAUCCCCCUCGGCCCGCGAGGAGUGCUUAACGCUCCCUCAGGUCCACGUGGCGCAGGGGGUCGCGGCGUAGCGUUCGUCAAUGGAGUAAAUGGUGACAUGCGCGAUGGCGAGGACACGGACGCAAGCGACGAGGAACUCCACCAGCGGGAACUGUCGAGGCAAAAGGCCGAGGACGACAAACUGUACCUGGAAGCAGAGCGCAAGUGGGUUAAUAGAGAACGCCAGCGUGCUGCUGCUCUGGAACGGGAGACGGAUCGGGAGAAGGCUGAGGACGACGGCCUGGCCCGGCGCAAGGAGGAGCAGUUUGAGCGCGAGAAGAACUGGGACGACGAGAAAGAGGCGAGCCGCAAGUCGCAUCCCUACUACCGCGAUCGUGCAGGCUGGGCCAGGAAGCGAGCACAAGACCGUGGCGAAGAGGAAGGACGUGAUGAGGCGGACCGGAGGGCAGAGGAGUCCCAACGGCGCAGGGAAGCAGCCGAAAUGGAGCAGGCCCGGGACAUGGCCGACUCAUUCCUCAACCAGCAGGCCCAGGAGAUGGAGCAGAGGCAGGCUGCUACAGCCGCUGCUCCUGCACGCUUUACACUAUCUCUUGGUGCUGCUGCCCAGAAGGCACAAGCUCGGUCAGGACCUCAACGCAGGACCAUGGCCGAGGUGGAAGGUCUGCUGGACGACGAGGAGCAGGAACAGACCACAAAACGGCAGCUUGUACCGAUCAAGUUCGAGCCGAUCGCCGAUGCCAAGGCCAUGACUGAGGAGGAGAUCCAGAACGCGGUCAAGAGCCUGGCACAGGAGAUCCCCGCCACACAGGACGGCCUCUGGGCGUGGGAUGUCAAGUGGGACUAUCUCGAGGACUCGAUCAUCACAGAAAAGCUGCGGCCUUUUAUUGAGAAGAAGGUGGUCGAGUACCUGGGUGUACAAGAGCAGUUGCUGGUGGACGUUGUCGAGGAGCAUCUGCGCAAGCAUGCUCAACCCGCAGAGCUGGCCGAGGAACUCGAGGGCCCGCUCGAAGACGAUGCGGUCGAUCUGGUCAAGAAGUUAUGGAGGAUGGUCAUCUUUUUCACCGAGAGCGAGAAGAGGGGCCUACCAGCCUAGUCUGCACAUUGGGGACAGCGUUGACACAAAUCACACGCUGGAAGGGUGGCAAAGGACAAGAAUGGUCCCGGGACUCAGGGGCUGGCUGUCUUUCUACUGCUGGGCUACAUUGAGAGGAGGACAAGAAGGACUGCGCGUCCACCACACAGCCGCACGUCGACCUGCUGCACACUAGCCAUGGAUUGCACGCAAAUAAAUUAUAGGAGUGAACCAUGACCACUACCUGCUCGAGGAAGGGCUAAGAUUGCGAAGGAAGAAAGAAAAGAAAGAAAAAAGUGAAUUGGACAGGGAACGAGAGCACGUAAACAAAAACCGUGUUUAUGUUUGUCAUAGCG